AUGCUCUUUAAGACACCGUCGAGACGCGUCAUGAGGCCAGCCUCCGCUCUUCGCGGAUUACGUCGCGACAGAAAGCCGAGAAACAACCUGCAAGUUGUUCCUUUGAUCGACUCUGUUCACACCGACCAUAUGACCAGACUGUGA